GCCAAGUUACAUUUGGGGCGGAGGGAUUUCUAAGCGGUAAGAGAAGAAAGUCGAAGAACUUGAAAAAUGGCAUCGGUGAAAAGUUCGAAUGUUUCUGUCGAACCUUUCGAUGGACGUGGUGAUUUUACUCUGUGGCAACAACGAGUAAAAAGUGUUCUUACUCGGGAAGGGACAAUCAAAGCUCUGAAGGUGAAGGUUCAGAGCACAGAAAAAAUGACGGAUGCUGAGUGGGCCAAACACCGGAAGAACGACAAACCGGAAAAAUUGUCGGAAGAAGAGUGGGAGGAUUUGAAGGACAUGGCAACAAGUACAAUAUGCCUAUGCCUUGCAAAUAAUACUCUUCGGGAGGUUCUCGGUUUGACGGACCCGGUGGAUAUUUGGGACAAGCUGGAGAGCCGGUACAAGUCGAAAUCGUUGACAAAGUUGGAAUCCAUUGAUGUGAAGAUUGAAGAGGAGGACAAGGCGCUGCUUUUGUUGGCUUCAUUGCCUUCAUCUUUUGACAACAUCGUGACCACGCUUUUGUUUGGAAAAGAAACCUUAAAAUUUGAUGAAGUAGUUGCUGCGUUGUUGAUGAACGAGACUCGGCGGGGUGGCAACGGGGUAUCAAAUGACGGUCAAGCUUUGGUAGCAAAAGGAGCUGGUCGGGAACGAGGACGGUCUAAAGAGAGGGGCGGCGCGUCCCAACGCUUCAAAUCGAGUAAUAAAAGCUUUUGGUGUUACUACUGCGAUGAAGAGGGUCAUUUCAAAAGGGAUUGUCCAAAGAGGAGGAAGGAAAAGAAGGACGGGAAAACACCCGUGACUGCGGUUGCAGAAGUUAAGGAACAAUUUGAUACGCAUCAAACUUGUGAUGGGGGUGCUGUGAAGAUGGCAAAUGGUGCACGGAGCAAAAUUGCAGGGGUCGGAACAGUGCAAGUUCGCAUGUUUGAUGGCAUGGUGAGAACAUUAACUGGAGUGAAACAUGUACCAGGAAAAGAUUUGACACGGAAGUUGUCAGACGGAAAAUUUACAAGUGCAACGAGCGGAGCAUUUGCAUGGAAGAAGCGGGUGACAUUUGAAGCUUCUCAAGUUGGUGGAGACUGUGACCUCGCCGGAACGAGCGGGGUGGAGCCGGACCAUGGUUUGAUUAAUUAAUCAAGGUGGAGUUUGUUGGGAUAUUUGAUUAAAUAAUCAAAAGAAACAAAAAAAAAGGAAAAGAAAGAAAUCAAAGGAAUCAAAUUGCGUGUGAAUUUUUUUUAUGGAAGGGAAUCAAAUUUUGGACUCUUG